UAAAGCCAGAGACAUGACGACAAAUGCCAAUAAAACUUCGGAUGGGCAUGUUUUAACGGAAAUGAAUGAAGCACCUACAAAUGACAAACCCAAAACCUUGGUAGUGAAAGUGCAGAAGAAAAAUGAUGUCCCUGAACGAGAAACUUGGGGAGGAAAAUUUGACUUUCUUCUGUCGUGCAUUGGGUAUGCAAUCGGACUGGGAAACGUGUGGAGAUUUCCUUAUCUCUGUGGAAAAAACGGUGGAGGAGCCUUCUUAAUUCCAUAUUUUUUGACCCUGAUAUUUGCUGGAAUGCCCUUGUUUUUCCUGGAGUGUGCCCUCGGUCAAUACACGUCAAUCGGCGGACUCGGAGUCUGGAAGCUGGCCCCGAUGUUCAAAGGUGUUGGCCUGGCAGCUGCUGUUCUGUCUUUCUGGCUAAACAUUUACUACGUCGUAAUUAUUGCAUGGGCCAUCUUCUACCUGUAUAACUCCUUUACUGCAGAACUUCCAUGGAAAUCAUGUAACAAUCCAUGGAAUACAGAGAAAUGCUACUCAAACCACAGCAUUGCGGACACGACAAAUCUUACCAGUGCUGUCAUGGAAUUCUGGGAGCGCAAUAUGCACCAGAUGACCGAUGGUCUGGAGAAGCCAGGACACAUUCGAUGGCCGCUGGCAGUAACCCUGGCUAUUGCCUGGGUCCUUGUGUAUUUCUGUAUCUGGAAAGGAGUUAGCUGGACUGGAAAGGUUGUGUACUUCUCUGCCACAUACCCCUAUAUAAUGCUGUUCAUCUUGUUUGUCCGGGGAAUAACACUUCCUGGAGCAAAAGAUGGAAUCCUCUUCUACGUUACACCAGACUUCACCAAACUUAAAGAGUCAGAGGUGUGGCUCGAUGCUGCUACUCAGAUUUUUUUCUCCUAUGGUUUGGGCCUGGGGUCAUUGAUUGCUCUUGGGAGCUACAACACUUUCAACAACAAUGUGUACAGAGACUCUGUCAUUGUAUGCUGCAUCAAUUCCUUCACCAGUAUGUUCGCUGGCUUCGUCAUCUUCUCCAUUGUCGGCUUUAUGGCAAAUGUCACAAAGAGGCCAAUUGCCGAUGUGGCUGCUUCUGGUCCUGGUUUGGCUUUCUUGGCGUAUCCAGAAGCUGUGACGCAGUUACCUGUAUCUCCACUGUGGGCAGUUCUGUUCUUCUCCAUGCUCCUUAUGCUUGGAAUUGACAGUCAGUUCUGCACUGUGGAAGGCUUCAUCACAGCCCUGGUGGACGAGUUCCCAAAGCUGCUGAGAACAAGGAGAGAGCUCUUCAUUGCUGGGGUCUGCCUUGUUUCCUAUGUGAUUGGUCUCUCUAACAUCACACAGGGUGGCAUCUACGUAUUCAAGCUGUUUGACUACUAUUCGGCCAGUGGAAUGUGUUUACUGUUCUUAGUGUUCUUUGAGUGCAUUUCUAUCUCUUGGUGCUAUGGUGUCAACAAGUUCUAUGACAAUAUCAAGGAGAUGAUUGGCUAUAAGCCGUGCAUCUGGUGGAAGCUGUGCUGGGUGGUGUUUACUCCUCUCAUUGUAGCUGGGGUGUUCCUCUUCAGCGCUGUCCAGAUGGUCCCCCUCACCUUGAACAACUACGUGUUUCCAGCUUGGGGACAGGGCGUGGGCUGGUCCAUGGCACUGUCUUCCAUGGUGCUCAUACCAGGAUACAUGGGCUACAUGUUCCUCACGCUCAAGGGCACCUCCAGAGAGCGUUUUAGAAUAAUGAUUCAGCCUGUGGCCAUCAUCAAAGUCCAGGAAAAUGGACCGGAGCCCCAGACAGAGAGUUCCAACCCUGCUAAUGAGGAAGCUUAUAUAUAAAUACCUUUUUAAAAACCACCUUUAAGUCAGAAAGCAUAAUCAUGGUUCAAUGAGACAAUGGACUUCUGUAUCAAAAUAAUAAAAUCCUACCUCCUGGAACGAAAUGAGACCAACCUGAAAACAACUGUUUCACAUUUAUUUUGCAUUAGUAAUGACUAAGCCAGCCAUAUCAUACUAAUUGCUAAUAUCGUGUAACAGCUUGACUGUUAGUGUAUCUAACCUGAGUUAAACCAUAAUCAGAAAUAUUGUAACUGGGAUUAAAACUAAACUUUAUUUACCUGACACAAUUCAGUCUAAAUACAAAUUCUAGCAUAUAAAUUAUAUGUGUGUUAAGGUAAAUAAUAUUACUGUCAAGAGAAUACUUAAGAAUAGAUUAGGUUUGAUUAUAGUACUCACAAGGAAAUUUAUGUAUUAAUCAAUAAGUAAGUAAAAGCAAAAAAUGAAUGACAGAAGUUAAAUUUUUCUACACCCAGGACUGUGUGAAAGCCAAGGCAAUGUUUUGUGUAUACUCGCAUAUAUCAUGCUAUUCCAAGACAAUAUUUGUUAGCUAGCCAUAUAAUCUUGGGAAGCCUCCUUAUUAUCAUAGCCAGCAAGAUUUCACCUUGUUAGUGUAUACAGGAGAGAGAAAGUGUCUCACACAAUUUUAGAACCGCUAGGUGAUGCUUAUGGAAGACUGUUACAAAUUUAUAUUGAUUGUCUAAUGAAAUAAAUAACUCUAUGUAUGACCAAUUUUUUGUGCAAAUUUUAAAUACAUUUUCUAUUUUAAGGUUUAAAGUAUUUAAGGACCAAAAUCUCACAAACUGAUCUGCAACAUGCAACAUCUCACAUUUGAUGAGACUUAACCAAACUGGUCAGACAGCACUGCAGAGGCACACCCAGACUCCCAGUACAACAGUCCCACAGUAAUGUUUAGUGUAACAUGCUUGCCAUUCUUCAGGAUCAAAGGAUGUAAACAACCAAAAUGUCUUCUAAAAAACCACCAGAGAUUAACACUGUGAGGACCUUCAGCAUUCAAGCAAUAGAUUCAAUAGACAGUAUAGUAGAGUCAUAGGACUAUGCAGUUUAUUCUAGAGCAGUGGUUCUCAAACCCUUUUGUUCCACAGCACAUAAUAAUGAGGUUCCCAAGGUACAUCAUUGCUGUGUUACCCCCUAGUCCAUUCCUGUAUAGUCAAUGGUGUCACAUCAUCACAUGAAUGAACAGGCACAGAUCAGGUAAACCUAAUUAUAUGACAAAUGACUUGUUUGGCAAUAUUCCUUGUUUUGUCGGCAAAGAAUUGGUAUACUCCAAGUGAAACAAUACUUCAAUUUGUAAAUACUGUUAUUGUUGAUUGUAGCUAAUCCUGUGUAUACAUUGUAAAUAAAAAUGUUCAUUUUUU